GAGAGUGGGGUAGGCAGGAGGAGAUGUUUGUAGGGCUGUUGGAGCUGGCUUGCCCUAGGCGACCAGUUAUUUUGCAUAUUCGGGGGCAGGACACGUACUCUUGUGAGGCUAGUGCCCUUGCCCUCCGACUCAUGCAGAAGAACGUUAGUCCGACUCAGCGGAUACACCUCCACUGCUUCACGGGAACUCUCGAUCAGGUUCUGAGUUGGUCCGCUGCAUUUCCCCGUUGCUACUUUAGCAUCUCAGGUCUGGCUGCGCGUUUUGAUGAGGUGCAAAAGUCAGCUGUGCGAGGGAUUCCGGCCGACCGACUCCUAGUUGAGACCGAUUCUCCUUACUUGCGAGUCCGAAGUAAGAAAGACAUUACUCCGGCGUACGUGGGUGAAGUUGCAAAUACGGUGGCCCAGAUCCGAAAGGAGACCCUCAGGGAGAUAUUGCGCACUACUGCUGAGAACGGCAGGCGUCUCUAUAACCUGUAGGGGUCGGAUACUGGAAAUAGUCUGUUGGCGAGUUGGGGAUCGAACCAUAUGAGGGUGACGCGUUUGCGCGCGCCCUUUAACUAGUGAUUGAGGCGGUCGGAUGUCUGUUAAACACUGGCCAAGGGGCGUCGAUAAUAGAAUGUGUCAGGAUUCAGUGAUGUGGUCUAUGCUUAAGGAAACGGUUGGUCAAAUUAUCAAAUGAGUGCUCUGGGUUUAAAAAUAAAUAAAUAAAAUACAAAGGUCACAUGGUGAUAAAUAAAUAAAAUACAAAGGUCACAUGGUGAGUGGGUAAUGCAAAGGAAAAAACUAGCCAGGAAUGUUUCUGUAUGUAUGAGAUCAUAUUGUGUGGUCUUGGAACGUGGUAUAGGGGUGUGGCAGACUGUCUUGGUGGGGUGAAGAGGAGGGCUAUAAAAUGGGGAGGAAUAUGGUAAAAUUGACCGGACUGUCAGUGGACCAUCCCGACCGUUUUGCCCUAUUGCCCUCUUUACCGAAGAACGCGCGAAUGACGUAAUCAUGACGAGAGUGUGUGCAGUAAACAACCCUCUUGACAGGACGUUCCUUUAUAUCUUGCGGAGAGUAUUUCUGCGCUUGUACACACUGUAGACGAUGGAAUCUACCCCAAGCAACUUGCUUA